AUGACUGUCAAUGAUUGGACUGCUUUCUGUGGUUCAGACACAGCUGCAACAGAGCUCUCUGUUAUAGACAGCAUCUUCAAGCUAGGGGAAAUCUCUAAUAUAUACAAGAUAUGGGAUUCGCUUGUGACCGAGUCCGAAGUCCCGGUGAUGGUUAUGUUCACACAAGACGGGUGGCCCCCAUGUCGAUACGUGAGGCAUGUAAUGGAUGAACUCGACUCGAAAUACACUGGUCGGUUCAAAUUCUACACACUCAACGUUCAUGAAGAGACAGGCAUCGCAAUACGCUACGACAUAUUCAAUGUCCCGACUACUAUUGUCUUCAAAGGCGGAGACGAGAUGGCUAGAGUAUAUGGAUCUAAUGCUAUGGAAGUAAGAAGACUAGUGGAACAAUACGUGUGA